AUGGAUGUUGAUUUAGAUAAACGAACCAAAGUCUCCAGAGCUUGUGAUUAUUGCAAAAAGAGAAAAUUCAAAUGUUCAGGAGUGUCGCCUUGUGAAUUAUGCACAAAAAAGGGAAUCCAAUGUGAGUUUAAUAUUGUUGAUAGACGUACAAUACGACGCAAGAAUAAGAAAAGAACAAUACGAAAUAAACCCGCAACUGCAACAAGCUCAACUACCAGCAAAAUCAAAAAGGAUGAGAAUCAAAUUGAUAAAACUACAUUGAAGAUGUUAACUAGAAAUUCAAAAGUUCCAGUUCAACUUCAACCAUUGUUGUCCUUCCCGUUACACAAAUUAGACAAUAAACAAAAUGAAGAGGAAAAGCAUACACAACAAAGCCCACCUGCUGCUGAUGAUACACCAGACGAUGAAAGAAAAGACAAGGACAGAAAAAUCGACAAGAAAACCCAUCCAGAUCCUCCAAAAAAUGAAAGGGCCCCUCCUAAAGUUUUAUACGAUUCUGAAGGUAAUUUAAGAUAUGUGGGGGAAAGUUCACCGUUGUCCUUUCUUUUCGAAUGUCGGAACAUUUUUUUGGAUAGAAUAGGGGAAUCAGAUUUCACGUCAGAGAGCGAUUCAUUAGAAGUUAUUGACGAGCCAGAUGAAUCAACAGAAAUAGUCCAAGUUGCAUUACCAAGUCGACAAUUACUAAAUGAGAUUGUUAGAAUAUUUUACAUGAACAUACAACAAGCUACCUACUUUGUCAAUGUUGAAUAUUUUAAAGAGAAUAGCAUUAACCCCGUUUAUGAAAACUAUAGCGGGUGUGACCCAGAAAAGAUUGCUCUAGUAAAUUUGGUAAUUGCCAUAGGACUACUACACGCGGAAGCAACUAACGAUCCAGUUUUGAGUCAAUUACAGUCACCAACAAUGCGGUCAUCAGCAUAUUUUGAAUUUGGGUUUUAUUUGACCAAAAUGAAUAUGAAUAAAGGAAAAUUAUGGCUAACGGAAGCAUUCUCUUUAGCAUAUUGUUACUACCAAGCAAAACAACAACGAAAUACCGCAUGGUUAAUGUUGGGAAUGGCAAUUCGAAAUGCACAAGCAUUAGGUUUAAAUCGAAAGUUUAUCAACGAAUCUUUCAAAGAUCGUAGUUAUAUUGUUCAUCGGAGAAGAUUAUUCAAGACUUUGUACAUUUUAGACCGGAUCACGUCGAUACUAUUGGGGCGACCAUUAAUAAUUGAUGAUUAUGACUGGGAUGAUUUUGACAGCGAGGACGUUUACGACAGAGAUUUAGAUGGCAACCUAAUAAAGGAUACACGAUUUGAGUGCAUGAUACAAGCAUGCAAAAUAUCCAAACUAUUAGGGAAAGUUGUUAGAAAUUAUUAUUCAGAUGGAAUAAUUAAUCCUUAUAAGGCUGAAAAAUUGGCAAUAGAAUUAAAGUUGUGGUCACUUAGCUUGCCGGAGCCACUUCAAAUUGAUAAGAUUUUCAACCCAAGCAACCCUCCAAGCAAAAUUGCGGAACCGUGGAUUGAUCAUAAGGUCACCUUGUUGCUUUUACAUUUAUCACAAUUAUAUGCGAUUGUGUUGCUUUCUCGACCCUUCUUUAUGUACCUUAUUUUUGACAAGAAAAAGAAACGGAAAAUUUUGAAGAGACCAAAAACUAGACCAGAAGUGGCCAUGCACAAUUUUUGCAAAGCUACAGCAAAAUCAUCAGCAUUGAUAAUACAACUAGUGGAAAAUUACAUCAAUACUAUACGCAUUACCAGCGGGAGAGCUGAGCUGCAUGGUCUAACACAUACAUGUUUUAUGGCAACAUUGAUCAUUGGAUUAUCACUCUUGUACCUCGAGGAUAACGGAUAUACUUUGAAGGAUGGAUAUUCAUCAUGCAAACAAAUGAGCUAUUUGAAUUCAGCUAAAAAGAUUUUUGAAUACUACAGCCAAACAAAUCCAAUAUCAUCUAGAUUUUAUAAUAUUGUCGAACAAAUGCAGCUUGCGUUAAUGAAUAAAUUUAAUCUUGAUAUGGAUGGCAAUAGAAUAAAUAUAAAGAAGCAACCACAACAGAAACAUGAAAAUGGGGCCAGUUCAACAACUACAAAUGAAACAACCAUUCCUACUGAAAGCUUUGGCGUUGGAACUACAGAUAUUCCAUUUAACGAAGAUUAUGACAAUUUUAUUGACAAUUUUGGUAACUUGUUGCCAACAACCACCAAUCAGCAACACUCGACAAAUAAUAACAUGCCUUUCUUUAUGACAGCACAACCAUAUCAGAAUACUCCCAGCGCGUAUUCAAAUGUCUCAGAAGAGCUUGGGAAUCACCAACAGCAACAAGCUUACCCACAACAAUCUCCACAAUUACCGGACCAUGUACAACAAAACCAAUAUUUAUCUCAGUUUCUGCCUACUCUAGACUCCAACAAUCUAGUUUCUGGUCAUACUUCAUUGGGGUCUAAAAAUCAAUCUGAAUCUUUAGAUGCUUUUAUGUAUAAUGUUGGUUUGAACGAUAUAUUAUAUAACACCAAAUAG